UCCAGCCGCUCUGAGAGCAUUAUUGAUCUGAAGGGUAAAUGUGGAGGGAGCCACACAGAGGGGUCCAAGCGUUUCUGAGAAGAGAGGCAGCCUCUUCCAGGAACAAAGUGGUGUCUGCUGGCUGCCUGGCCUGGGAACCUUCUGUGAAUGAAAAGGGACAAAAUACGAAGCAGUGGGCUGUUAUGGUGAUUUAGAAGCGGAAAGAAAAAGAGGCAGAGGGAGAAGUAUCACCUUUGAGCAAGGCUGCGUUGUUGCAUCCUGCUGCUGCCAGUUCCACUACUGUUCCUGCAGCUGCCGGCCGGUCUCAGCCAUCAGCUCUGCUACAUGAAUGGUCCAUUCGAGUUGAGAAUUAUCAAGUUAGAAAGCAAACGUCAUCUGGAGUUUCAAAGAAUGCUAACUUUUUCAAAGACAGCGAGGAGCUGAGCAUAAACAGAGGAAGGGAGCACAGCACGCUGCCACUUGGAGGGUGUUGAUUGAAAACUUCCAUCUCCCCUCCCGUUCAUGGUUGAUUUGAGGAAUUUCUCACGAGAUCACUGAGAAUCUAUCAAUUAAGGUCUCUUUAGAUGGAAUAUAAUAAAGGAAAAGCCUCAAAAACAUCAAUGUGUGAAUUACCAUUUCAGCACUAAAAGAGAAAGCUUCAGUGGUCAAGGCCACAGACACCUCAAUCCUGGAUCCCACGACUCUAUACUAAGUACUGGAGUGUUUAUUACUCUGCUAUAGGAAAAUUUUGCCAAUGCUUACAAGGAACUGCUUAUCCCUGCUUCUCUGGAUUCUGUUUGAUGGAGGUCUCCUAACACCACUACAAUCACAGCCACAACAGACUUUAGCCACAGAACCAAGAGAAAAUGUUAUCCACUCCCCAGGAAGACAAUCCCAUUUCCAACGAGUUAAACGUGGCUGGGUAUGGAAUCAAUUUUUUGUGCUGGAAGAGUACAUGGGCUCCGAACCUCAGUAUGUGGGAAAGCUGCAUUCGGACUUGGACAAGGGAGAGGGCACUGUUAAAUACACCCUCUCAGGAGAUGGUGCUGGCACUGUUUUUACAAUUGAUGAAACCACAGGAGACAUUCAUGCAAUAAGGAGCCUGGAUAGAGAAGAAAAACCUUUCUACACUCUCCGUGCUCAGGCAGUAGACAUAGAAACCAGGAAGCCCUUGGAACCUGAAUCAGAGUUCAUCAUUAAAGUGCAGGAUAUUAAUGAUAAUGAGCCAAAGUUCUUGGAUGGACCUUACGUUGCUAGUGUUCCAGAAAUGUCUCCAGUGGGUGCCUAUGUGCUCCAGGUCAAGGCCACAGAUGCAGAUGACCCAACCUAUGGAAACAGUGCCAGAGUCGUUUACAGUAUCCUUCAGGGUCAACCUUAUUUCUCUAUUGAUCCUAAGACAGGUGUUAUUAGAACAGCGUUGCCAAACAUGGACAGAGAAGUCAAAGAACAAUACCAAGUCCUCAUUCAAGCGAAGGAUAUGGGUGGACAACUGGGUGGGUUGGCUGGAACAACACUCGUCAACAUCACACUCACUGACGUCAAUGACAACCCUCCUCGAUUCCCCAAAAGUAUCUUCCAUCUGAAAGUUCCGGAGUCCUCUCCUAUUGGCUCAGCUAUUGGAAGGAUAAGAGCUGUGGAUCCUGAUUUUGGACAAAAUGCAGAAAUUGAAUACAACAUUGUCCCAGGAGAUGGGGGAAAUUUGUUUGACAUUGUCACAGAUGAAGACACACAAGAAGGAAUCAUCAAGCUUAAAAAGCCUUUAGAUUUUGAAACGAAGAAGGCUUAUACCUUUAAAGUAGAGGCCUCCAAUCUUCACCUUGACCACCGUUUUCACUCCGCGGGCCCUUUUAAAGACACUGCUACAGUAAAGAUCAGCGUGUUGGAUGUGGAUGAGCCACCAGUAUUCAGCAAGCCACUCUACACCAUGGAGGUUUAUGAAGACACUCCAGUGGGGACCAUCAUCGGGGCUGUCACUGCACAAGAUCUUGAUGUGGGCAGUAGUGCUGUUAGGUACUUCAUAGAUUGGAAGAGUGAUGGGGACAGCUACUUUACAAUAGAUGGAACUGAAGGAACCAUCGCCACUAAUGAAUUACUAGACAGAGAAAGCACCGCACAGUAUAAUUUCUCCAUAAUUGCAAGUAAAGUUAGUAAUCCAUUAUUAAGCAGCAAAGUCAACAUACUGAUUAAUGUCCUAGAUGUCAAUGAAUUUCCUCCAGAAAUAUCUGUGCCGUAUGAGACAGCUGUGUGUGAAAAUGCCAAACCAGGACAGAUAAUUCAGAUAGUCAGUGCUGCAGACCGAGAUCUUUCACCUGCUGGGCAGCAAUUCUCCUUUAGAUUAUCCCCAGAGGCUGCCAUCAAACCAAAUUUUACAGUUCACGACUUCAGAAACAACACAGCUGGAAUUGAAACCCGAAGAAAUGGUUACAGUCGCAGGAAUCAAGAACUGUAUUUCCUCCCUGUUGUAAUAGAAGACAGCAGCUACCCUGUCCAGAGCAGCACAAACACAAUGACUAUUCGAGUUUGUCGAUGUGACUCUGAUGGAACCAUCCUGUCUUGUAAUGUGGAAGCAAUUUUUCUGCCUGUAGGACUUAGCACUGGGGCUUUGAUUGCCAUCCUACUAUGCAUUGUUAUACUCUUAGCCAUAGUUGUGCUGUAUGUAGCCCUGCGAAAGCAGAAGAAGAAAGACACCCUGAUGACUUCUAAGGAAGACAUCAGAGACAAUGUCAUUCACUAUGAUGACGAAGGAGGUGGGGAAGAGGACACCCAGGCUUUCGACAUUGGGGCUCUCAGAAAUCCCAAAGUAAUCGAAGAGAACAAAAUUCGAAGGGAUAUAAAACCAGACUCCCUCAGCUUAACUCGCCAGAGACCUCCAGUAGAAGACAACACAGACAUAAGGGACUUCAUUCAUCAAAGGCUGCAGGAAAAUGAUAUGGACCCAGCUGCUCCACCAUAUGACUCCUUGGCAACAUAUGCUUAUGAGGGCAAUGGAUCUGUGGCAGAGUCACUCAGCUCCAUAGACUCCCUCACCACAGAAGCUGACCAGGACUAUGACUAUCUGGCAGACUGGGGACCCCGCUUUAAAGUUUUAGCAGACAUGUUUGGAGAAGAGGAGAGUCAUAGCCCUGAUAAUGUUACUUAGGGGAGGAGAGAAAGCUGUUGCACAUCUAAGAGGAGAAAUUUUUAACAGAAGAAACAAAAGAAAAACCACAUCCAACCCACACACAUGUGCUCACGCACACACACAUACACACACACACACACACACACACACACACAUACACACACACACAAAACCUUCACACACAUACAUGCACACACAGAGGCUCCCGGGUCUUACAGGACAAGAUACCUUUGAUUAUCCAGUUUCUAACAGUUAUCUAUUUAUCUUAUUGUCACUUUUGGUUUAUUAUCCCCACACAA